AUGUCACCUACUGUGGGCCGUCGCCAACUUGAUACAACCACCGAGAGCAAAGUUCAAGGAGUCUUGACGCCUUUCUUCUCUCAGACUGCAGAGGAAGAGAAGGAAGAACAAGCCCGGAAAAGUUAUCCUCGCAAGACAGCCAAGGAUGUUUCUAGCGCCACUUCACCACCCACCAAAACAAAGAUGCUUGUCAGAGACUUUAUUGACGAUUCACUCUACAAUCCCAACUAUGGAUACUUUUCGAAACAAGCUGUCAUUUUCUCGCCAGAGACAGACUUUGACUUUAAUGGAAUGCAGGAUCAUUUGGAGUUCAUGAACGAGUUAGCCAAACUUUACAAAGAGAUUGAAGGAGAUGUAGACGAAGUGGAUGAAGUAGCUCGUCAAGUGUGGCAUACGCCUACCGAGCUUUUUAAACCUUGGUAUGGCUUUGCUAUUGCAAAGUAUCUGGUAUCAGAAUACAAGCUCAACCAUUUCCCCCACAAGGAUCUUAUUAUCUAUGAAAUGGGUGCAGGUAACGGCACACUCAUGCUGAACAUCUUGGACUAUAUUCAGCAGAAUGAACCAAUGGUGUACAAACGCACCAAAUACAACAUCAUCGAAAUCUCUGGAAAACUGGCCGAACGUCAAUCAGAACGGCAGGACGUUCGUGAUGCUAAGGAUCAUCAUCGAUGUGUAACUGUGAUCAAUAAGAGUAUUUUUGACUGGGAUGUCCAUGUUCCUGAACACUGUUUCUUCCUUGGGAUGGAGGUCAUCGACAACUUUGCUCAUGAUCUUAUCCGGUACGAUAUCAACACACUUGAGCCUCGUCAAGCCUUGGUGAGCACAGAUGCCAAUGGAGAGUACACAGAGAUCUAUGAACCUGUGGGUCAAGAUAGUUUAAUAUCCCGAUAUCUGGCCACUCGUAAGGAGGUUGGAUACCGUAGCCCAGUGCUUUCUCGAAAACUGUGGAAUGCCCUCUUAAAGAAUAUGCCUUUGGCACCUAAUCUUACCGCACCUGAAUUCAUUCCCACAAAGCUAUUUAUGCUGCUCGAAACCCUCAAAACUCAUUUCCCUCAGCACCAGCUUGUAUUGUCCGAUUUCUCUAGCUUGCCAGAUUCUGUAGAUGGUGUUGAUGCCCCAGUAGUUCAGACACGCUACAAAGGGACUAUGGUGCCAUGCUCAACUUACAUGGUUCAGCCCGGGUGGUUUGAUAUCUUCUUUCCCACAAACUUUGAGCUUCUUCGGGACAUGUAUCUCCGCGUCUGUCGUGGUACUGGCGCAGGAAACGAUAAGGGUGUUAGAGUACUAACUCAUCGUGAGUUUUGUGAGCGCUAUGGUGAUAUUGAGCGUACCACGACUCGCAGUGGAGAAAAUCCGAUGCUUAUGUACUAUGAAAACAUGAAGAUGAUCCUUACUUAA